AUGGAUCCAAUGGUUGAAGAGCAAAUAGAUUAUGAAGAUGAGGAAUAUGGAGGGGCUCAGAAGCUUCAGUAUCAGGGAAGUGGAGCCAUCUCUGCGCUUGCAGAUGAAGAACCCAUGGUAGAAGAUGAUGAGUAUGAUGAUCUCUAUAAUGAUGUUAAUGUUGGAGAGGGUUUCUUGCAGAUGCACCGGUCUGAGGCACCACUCCCGCCUGGUGGUGUUGGCAAUGGAGGUCUCCAAGCACAGAAAACUGAUGUUACUGAAACAAGAGUUCAAGCUGGUGUCUCUCAGGAAUCAAAAAUUCCUGGGGUUUCAGUUCAAGGGAAGUAUUCUAGUGCUGUGGCCCAGUUUCCAGAACAACAGGAUCAGCCACCAGUGGCUAAGGAGCCAGAACUGGGAUCCACAGGUUAUGUGGGUGGAGCUUCUGGAUCUCAAAAGGGGAGGGCUAUGGAGAUGAGUCAUGAUACUCAAGUCAGACAUAUGGGGUUUCAGGGGUCGACAACUAUGCCCCCAAAUAUCGGUGGUGAUUCUUCUGACAUUACUGGGAAAACUGCUCUCGAGUCUGUUCCGUCUAUGAAUUCUGGCACUGCUGGUCCUACAGGAGUUACACAGAUGCCGACUAAUCAAAUCAGUAUCAAGGUAAAUGCUAAUCGUCCAAUGUUUAAUGAAAACCAAGUCCGGCCACCAGUUGAAAAUGGUUCAACCAUGCUGUUUGUGGGAGAACUACAUUGGUGGACAACUGAUGCUGAGCUUGAAAGUGUUUUAUCUCAGUAUGGGAGGGUCAAGGAAAUUAAGUUUUUUGAUGAGAGAGCCAGUGGUAAAUCCAAAGGAUAUUGUCAGGUUGAGUUUCAUGAUCCAGCUGCUGCCACUGCAUGCAAAGAGGGAAUGGAUGGUUAUCUUUUCAAUGGGAGAGCUUGUGUUGUGGCUUUUGCUUCUCCGCAGACUUUGAAGCAGAUGGGAGCUUCUUAUUUAAGCAAAUCCCAAGGCCAGACUCAGUCUCAGCAACCAGGAAGAAGGCCCAUGAAUGAUGGUGUUGGGAGGGGGGGAGGUGUGAACUAUCAAACUGGAGACACCGGAGGGAGGAAUUUUGGAAGGGGUGGAUGGGGACGAGGUGGACAGGGAGUAGCCAACAGAGGUCCUGGAGGUGGAGGACCAAUGAGAGGAAGAGGAGGGGCCAUGGGAGCAAAGAACAUGGCUGGGAACCCUGCUGGUGUUGGAACCGGUGCUAAUGGAGGCUAUGGACAGGGCCUUGCAGGUCCUGGGUUUGGAGGUCCUGUAGGAGGUAUGAUGAAUCCACAGGGUAUGAUGGGUGCUGGAUUUGAUCCAACAUAUAUGGGCCGAGGAGGCGGUUAUGGAGGAUUUCCAGGUCCUGCUUUUCCUGGAAUGCUUUCUUCAUUUCCUGCUGUUAAUACAAUGGGACUUGCUGGGGUGGCUCCUCAUGUAAACCCAGCGUUCUUUGGCAGGGGAAUGGCAACUAAUGGAAUGGGAAUGAUGGGUUCUUCUGGAAUGGAUGGGCAUCAUGCAGGGAUGUGGAAUGACCCAAGCAUGGGUGGGUGGGGAGGAGAAGAACAUGGUCGAAGAACUAGGGAGUCAAGUUAUGGUGGUGAUGAUGGUGCUUCUGAGUAUGGGUAUGGAGAGGCAAAUCAUGAAAAAGGAGGAAGGUCAAAUGCUCCCUCGAGGGAAAGAGAACGGGGAUCUGAGCGUGACUGGUCAGGAAACUCUGAGAGGAGGCAUCGUGAUGAGAGGGAACAAGACUGGGACAGGUCUGAAAGAGGGGAGCACAGGGAGCAUAGGUACAAGGAAGAAAAAGAUAGUUACCGAGACCAUCGACAGAGAGAGCGUGAUGUGGGUUAUGAGGAUGACUGGGACAGAGGUCAGUCUUCUUCAAGACCUCGGAGCCGGUCCAAAGCAAUGCCGGAAGAUGAUCAUCGGUCUCGAUCAAGGGAUGUUGAUUACGGGAAGAGGAGACGGUUGCCAUCUGAGUGA